AUGUUUGGUUCAAGCCCUAGUGCGGCAUCUGAAACCCUUGGGAGUUCAAACCCUUUUGGGGCGCAACCGCAAACCACGAGUUCUUUCUUUGGCAGCUCCGGCAGUAUGUUUUCAAUGCCGACUCCAUCGUCAAGUUCAACGCCGACAAUUGGAGCCUCAUCAUCAUCUGCUAAUACCGCUCCAGGUUUUGUAUCCCCUGCACCCGUCGUCUGCGGCGGCUCAGGAACUCAAUCGUCUGGUUCGUCAUCAACCACGCCGGCAUGCUGUGCUACCGUUACCGGUGGUUCCUUGGGUGUUUCUUCCGGUUCCCCUGUUUCUGGAUCAGUUACCGAUUCAGAAACUCCAGCAGAAAGUAAACCUGCACCCUGUACAACAUCUGUGGGAUCUUUGGGAGUGUCUCCAGCAGGUUCAUCUUCUUUUGGACAGAGUUCUCCGCUGUUUGUGAAACAGCAGAGAGGGAGUAGAGCAAUUCCUUAUACGGAAACACCUGAAUGCGAUCAAUUUUCGGGCGGUAGGCAUUCGUCUAUAGCGGCUAUGCCGCCUUACAAGCAUCUUAGCCAUGAAGAGCUCAGGUUUGAGGACUAUGAGCAAGGAGAUAAAGGCACUCCAGCAUCUGAAGGAACCUUUCACUCUCCACUUCCCUCAACAACAUUACCACCAUCCCAUCCUUUUGCGCCGAAAACCUCCGCUUCAACUUCGUUAUACAAUCAUUCUUCUUCACCUUUCCCAGCUCCGUCUCUGUUUACUUCUGGACCAUCAUUGGUCACCAAUACUUCGCCUUUUUCAAACUCAAGGCAAACUUCAGGAGUUAUCAGCUCAAAUUUCAGCCACAUUCCGCCAUCCCCAAUGUUCCAAUUAACCACUCCCGGAUUUGGACCCACAAAAAACACAAACAGCUCUCUUUUUGGACAGGGUCCAACCACAAUUACUAGUUUUGGUAGUUCCUCGGGACCAAAUUCAGGAUUUUCCAACUCACUUUUCAGCAACAACACUCAGCCAUGCCCAAUUAUUCCUGCAUUUGGAACCAAAAACACAAACACCUCUCCUUUUGGACAAACAACUAUUAGUUUUGGUAGUUCCUCGGCGCCGGCUUCAGGAUUUUCCAACUCAAUUUUCAACAACACUCCUGCAUUUGGUGGAUCCACAAACACAAACAGCUCUACGUGUGGACAGGUUACUACACCCUUUUCGCAGAGUACACCGGGUUCCAUUCAAGCUACUAGUACAUUCAAUUCGCCUGCUCCUGGUUUUCUUGGAAACAUGUUGUUUACAAACACGCCUCAGCUGCCGAAUGCAAGCAACAAGUUCUCGAAUACUCCUUCGCAACAGCCGAAUAUAAGCAAUCCAGGAUUUUGUCAGGCUACUCUUUCAUUUUUUGCAGUACCAUUCCAGUCAGUGCAGCCUGCUAAUGGAAUAAGUGGCUUUAAUGUUGCCACCCCUAUUAUGUUUGCUCAGAAUACUUCAGGUCAACCCUUAAUUAUGCAAGGCGUUGUGGUUCCACAGGCAGUUCCGGCGAACCUGAUUGCGAUGCCGAUUCCUCAAGCGCCGGUUGGUGGCACGGCCACUCCUUCACCAGUUCAGUAUGGGAUUUUUUGGUUCCUUGCCGGCGGUGGGUGUCUGAAAAGGCCUCAGUUAUUCUUUGCCGAUUACGAUUUCGUUGACAUCCAGAUGAAAGCCGACUCGACUGCCACUUUGGAGAAUGCCCAUGUUGUGUCAAUUGAUGGUCAUGAGGACAUUAGUGGAGGCUAUACGAGGCUUGAGAGAAACCUUGCCAAUGUCACCACCGGAAAUGUGAAGAAGCUUCUUGGCAUCCAUGAAAAUAUCGACAUCGAUCGACUAUUGCAGGAGGAUGAAAAGUACGAGUUAUAUGAGCCUACAAUUCAGAAUGUGGUGAAGAACUACUUUUUACUUAAUGAAGCAGUAAUGAAAUGUUUUGCAAGCACUGAUCCCAUUGGAAAGGAGUUUGCUUAUUUUUAG